AUGGGCAGCCUAUUGGCUCAACAAAAUGAGAACAAACUCGAGAUCGUCGUUUACUACCUGAGUAAUAGAAUUACUUGGUACGAAUUGAACUAUUUGACACCCGAGAAAGUGUGUUGGGCACUCGCAUGGGUCACCAAAAGACUUAGACAUUAUAUGACAGCCCACCCUAUCAAGUUGGUGUCCUGGUUUGAUCUAAUUCAUUAUCUAAUUCAACGAACACUACUGUCGCCAAGAAUCGCUAAAUGCAUGAUGAUUAUUUCCGAAUAUGACAUCACAUAUACGGUUUAUAAAUCUAUUAAAGAAAGUGUUGUUGCAGACUUCCUAGCAGAUCAACCUAUCACGGUCGAUCCUUCUUUUGAACUCAACUUUCUUGAUGACUCCAUAAUGUCUAUCUCUUCAGACACAUGGAAGCUAAUCUUUGACGGAGCUUCGUCCAAACAUGGAUAUGAAAUUAGAAUUCUCUUGAUAGAUCCCAAGGGAACCUACAAUCCCAUCUCUAAUAAGUUAGAGUAUUUUGUAACCAACAACGGGGCUGAAUACGAAGCAUGUCUCUCAUGUCUCAAAAUCGCAUACGAAAGAGGAGUAACUAAACUAGACGUAGUUGGCGACUCUAAUCUGGUUAUAUCCCAGGUUAACGAAACAUGA